CGAGAAGGGCAUCUUCGGGCUUAUGGGGGCCUAUCCGGCGCUGUUUCGUCUCAAGCCGGUCCUGAGGUCUUUCUCGGGAUGCGACGGUCAAAUGCGAAUGGUCAGUGCGACCUCCCUCCACUGGUGCCGGGCCUGACAUACACGCAGGUUGUAUUGCUUAUGAGCGACGGCGUCGCCGUGACAUGCUGCAACAAUGAUGACAGUCUGUGCGACGUCCCCGCGCUGUCCGCGGAUCUGACCUACACGCAGGUUGCCGCUGGAUUGUGCAACACCGUUCUGCUCAGGAGCGAGGGCUCUCGAGGGCUCCGCCGUGGCGUGCGGUAGAAAUACUGUUGGUGAGUGCGAUCUCCUUCAGCUGGUCGUGGACGUGACCUACACGCAGGUUGUCACUGGAUUGUGCAACACCGUUCUGCUUAGGAGCGAGGGCUUCGCCGUGGCGUGCGGUACGAAUACUGGUGGUCAGUGCGACCUCCCUCAGCUGGUUCGGGAUUUGACCUACACGCAGGUUGCGGCUGGAGUGUGCAACACCGUUCUGCUCAGGAGCGAGGGCUCCGCCGUGGCGUGCGGUAGGCAUUCUGUUGAUCAGUGCGACCUCCCUCAGCUGGUCGUGGACCUGACCUACACGCGAGUUGCCGCUGGAUUGUGCAACACCGUUCUGCUCAGUAGCGAGGGCUACGCCAUGGCGUGCGGUAGGAAUAUUGGUGGUCAGUGCGACUUCCCUCAGCUUGUCGUGGACGUGACCUACAUGCAGGUUGUCGCUGGAUUGUGCAACACCGUUCUUCUCAGGAGCGAGGGCUCCGCUGAGGCGUUCGGUUGGAAUACUGUUGGUCCGUGCGACCUCUCUCAGCUGGUUCGGGACCUGAUGUACACGCAGGUUGUCGCUGGAUUGUGCAACACCGUUCAGCUUAGGAGCGAGGGCUCCGCCGUGGCGUGCGGUAGGACUACUGGCGGUCAGUGUGACCUCUCUGAGCCUGUCGUGGACGUGACCUACACGCAGGUUGCCGCCGGACUUCACUACCCCGUCCUGCUCAGGACCGACGGCGUCGCCGUGCUAUGCUGCUGGAAUGAUGACAGUCUGCGUGACCUCCCCGCGCUGUCCGUGGAUCUGACCUACACGCAGGUUACCGCUGGAUUGUUCAACACAGUUCUGCUCAGGAGCGAGGGCUCCGCCGUGGCGUGCGGUAUGGAUACUGUUGGUCAGUGCGACUUCCCUCAGCUGGUCGCGGACGUGACCUACUCGCAGGUUGUCGCUGGAUCGUGCAACACCGUUCUGCUCAGGAGCGAGGGCUUCGCCGUGGCGUGCGGUAGAGAUAGUGCCUAUCAGUGCGACCUCCCUCAGCUGGUCGUGGAUCUUUCCUAUACGCAGGUUGUCGCUGGAUUGUGCAACACCGUUCUGCUCAGGAGCGAGGGCUACGCCGUGGCGUGCGGAAGGAAUACUGGAGGUGGGGGCGACCUCCCUCAGCUGGUCGUGGGCAUGGCCUUCACGCAGGUUGUCGGUGGAUUGUGCGACACCGUGCUGCUCAGGAGCGACUUCUCCGCCGUGGCGUGCGGCAGGGAUACUGGUGGUCAGUGCGCCCUCCCUCAGCUGGUCCUGGACCUGACUUAUACGCAGGUUGCCGCUGGACUUCACUACCCUGGCUUGCUCAGGAGCGACGGCGUCGCCGUGCCAUGCGGCUGGAAUGAUGACAGCCUGCGCGACCUCCCCGCGCUGUCCGUGGAUCUGACCUACACGCAGGUUGCCGCUGGAUUGUGCAACACCGUUCUGCUCAGGAGCGGGGGCUCCGCCGUGGCGUGCGUUAGUACUUCUGGUGGUAAGUGCGACCUCCCUCAGCUUGUCCCGGACCUGACCUACACGCAGGUUGCCUCUGGACUGUU